AUGACUUCAUACAGAGAAGGCAUGUCUAUGUCAAGACCACUGUUGCUUGAUUCAACGAAUUACAGGUAUUGUAAGGUUCGUAUGCAAGCGUUUAUUAGUAACCUUGAUGAAGAUUGCUGGAAUUCGAUUGAGCUUGAUUGGGAGCCUCCUAAAGUUGUGGAUGAGAAAGGGGUUGAGAGUCUUAAGCCCAGUGAUAAGUGGACUGCUGCAGAGAAAAAGCUAUCAAGUUGUAAUUUGACAGCUAAGACAGCGAUUUACAAUGCUAUUGAUUCAAGCCACUUCAAUGAUAAGAGAACAAAGCUGGAUAUGUUGGCAUCACAAUUUGAGAAUCUAAGGAUGGAAGAAAAUGAAACUGUGGCUGAGUUCAGUGCUAAGUUAUGUGAUAUAUCUAAUGAGGCUUUUGCUCUUGGAAAGCAAUACAAAGAUAAAAAGCUUGUGAAGAAACUGAAGCGAUCUGCUUUUGAAUUAAGCAAAGCAUAUGAAGCUGAAGGAGUAAAGAAGAAAGAUGAUCAAGUUAAAGAAGCAAUAAAGAAGGAAAUUGACAUCGGAGUAGCUCUUAAGGUAUCAUCUUGUGAAAAUUCAAUGGCUAUGUUAUCAAGACAAUUUGCUAAAUUUCUGAAGCGUAAGGGCGAAGAGAAGAAAAGUAGAAUGGGUGAAGAGAUGAAGACUUCAUCAAAGAAUGUUCAAUGUUUUAAAUGCAAAGGAUAUGGUCAUGUAUGUUCUGAAUCAGUGUAUGCAUCAGUGUCUGCAACUACUUCUGAAACUGCAGCAAAACCUGCAACUGUAUCUGAACAUGAAUCUGAUAGUGAUAGUGAUGGAGAGGAUAUGAGUUACGAAGAACUUGGUAAGAGUUAUGAGAAGCUGUAUGCACAUUGGCUUAAGGUAGUUGAUGAUAAUUCAGUUUUGAUUAAGGAGAAGCUUGAGUUAGAGGCUAAAGUCGUUGAAGCAGAGAAAUAUACAACAGAGAAGGGAGAAGAAGCAUUACAAGCUAAAGUGCAGCUUGAAGAAACUCAAAAGAAUUUGAAGAUGCUUUAUAAUAGUACAGAGAAGUUGGAUCACAUUCUGAGUAUUGGCAAGACUGAUAAGUGUGGCCUCGGAUAUGAAGAAAAAGUUUCAAAAUCGGAUACGGUGUUUUUUCAAGUGGAAAAAUCACGUCUGCUUCAAAGACUACUUCAAAGACUGCUUCAGAGACUGUUUUUGUGA